AGCCCACUUCGCCGAGUCGCCGACCUCCCCUCUCCUUUCCUCUUCUUCCCCACCGGCGAGUCGGCGGCGACCGAUCCCUCCCCGAGCCGCCGCCGCCGCCGCGAUGUCGUCGCCGGGAGAGAGCGGGCCUUCGGCUUCGGCAAAGGACACGGAUGCCGCGCAGAGGGCGCAGGAGCAGGAGCCCGGGAAGCAGGGGGGCGCGACGAGGGAGCGGCGGAUGGAGUCGCUGGGGUGGCUGACGGAGUCGGCGGUGAUGCCGAAGAAGCACAAGGCCAUCGAGGGGGUCGGCGCCGCGUCCAUCCUCGACCUCAAGGCGCAGCUCUACCGCACCCAGGAGGAGGCCCGCAAGCCCACCGCCCACGACGCCGCCGCGGCGGCUGCUGCCUCGGGCGAGUUCCGCCGGGCCAAGAAGCGCGCCGCUCCUGGUGACCCCCUCGGCGCGAAGAAUUCCGGCGUCGAUGCCCGCGCCCACAAAGAUAAGUUGGAGCUAAAAGCUGUGAAGGAUGGUUCAGUAAGUUAUGCUGCCUUAGAAAAGAAGGCAGAAUUGUAUGAAAAAUUAUCAAGAGGCGAGAUACCUGAUGAAGAAGACAAGGAAAAAUAUUGUGUUGACUUUUUCCAAAAGAGUUUCGAUCAUGUCUAUGAGCCUCGGCAACCAGAGAGCCAGAGUGUUAUUGACAGGGCAGAACCAGAAAAUGACAAUGAUGAUUCUAUGUCAAGUGCCAAACCAGUAGGCCUUGGUCGAACUGGCACUACUAUUGACAGAGAUGAGCACAAGCGCUUUGUAAGGGAGGUUCAUGAGGAAGUAAGUGAGGCAAGGCAGAAGGCUUCAACAAUGAAAUCCCGACGACAAGAGCAGGAGGCUGCUCGUAGAGAGAAACUCAAGCAGGCUUAUUUGAAGAAACGCCUGGAGAAGUUACUUGCUGAGAAACGGGCCACUUCAGCAACCGACGACCAACCAGCUAGCUAGUCCAGGUCUUACUGUGAGUCCCUGGGUGAUUCCUCUCUUGUAUGCAACCAUAAUCCCUUUAAUUAGGGGGAAGCAUGGUGGUAUGGAGCCAUGGUGGUGAAGUAGUGGGUGCAUGACUUUACCCACCAGAGUUCAAAUCCUAGAGCCCACGAAUAUUACAGGCCUGUUUGGCACAACUUCAGCUUCAGCUCUACCUCUCUUGGAGCUGGAGCUCAGCCUAAUAUUUUCAGCUUUAUCUAUAAUGGGAGCGGAGCUAGGUGGAGCACUCUCACAAAAUGAACUAGAGAUGUGAAGCUGAGUUUAGACUGUUCCACAACUCUACUCUAGAUGUAACUCGUAGAGCUAAAUUUAGGAGUUAGAACUCUACCAAAUAGACCUUACACAUAUGCAGGUUUGCUUUCAACAGAAUUUUAGUGAGGUUAGGAAUAUGCCACUAGUUUGUUUAUAGGCUAGUCAUUUAAACUGACUCACAGACAAACUGUUUGUUUGUUUGGGCUUCGGUUUCUUAGUCAGGUGUAAUUCUGCCAUUGUAACCAUUUGAGAAGCUUCUCGUGGGGCAUAUA